AUGGUUACAGUUUUGUCAGAACCCGAUGAACCUUCCUGUUUGGAUACAGAUCCUUCGCUCCUUUCUGAGAGUCCGCGGCCGGCAAAACGACGACGCGUCUAUAUCCCUCCCGCCUCCAUUCCCACGGGCAUAAGUAGCCAGGCCGAGGAGGUGGAGGAAGAGGAGGCGGGGGAGGAUAGUGUGGACGAUGACGAUGGAAUUGAUAUAGGAUCAGUUAAUGAAACGGAAGAAGAUUCGGAAGAUGGAUCAGAUGAUGGGUUACCGCCUCAAAAGGCACGAAUUCUGAAAACGCGAGGGGAAACUUCACAGCUGCAGACAAGUAAUUUAAAAGUAUAUCAACCGAAAUAUUAUACAGACCAGGAACCAGUCUUUGUUACCCAGUUGACACAGCCAUCGUCGAGUCCGUCAAGGAUCCGUGGCCCGCGAUGGAAAAAGCCCCAACCACGGCAACACUAUCUGAGCCCAUCGAGACGAGUUCCAGCUACACCUUCUCUUGCUCCUCCCAUACUUCCCUCUCAACCAAACUCAAAUGAAGGAGUUAGCUGUCAGCCAGAGGGUGAAGUCUCUGAUGAUGAUAUUAAGGCUGCCGUACGCGAAUCCCUUAAAUCGCUACGAGAGGAAAAUUCGGCUCGUGGGACAAAACUAGGGAAUCGAAUUGCCAAUAAACCUUUACCAACAAAAGCUGAUGUUCCCUCUUUACCAUCCGCGGCUGGCAAUGGUUCGAACCUGACUACGCUAGACUUGGAUUUUGACCCGGACGAUAUCCCUGACGUGUUUGGAUCUUCUCCCAUAUCCUCUCCCAGACGGACAGCCACUAAUGGGCUCCUUACUACCCAAUCCCAGACUGGAGUCCAAACGUCACAAAGAAGACAAACAAAUUCCCAACAACAGAGCUUUCGACAGACCACACUAUUUGGCGGGAUUGCAAGCAACCAAUCCCCGUCACAACCGGCCAUCUCCAGGAACUGGCCUCUGGCCAGUCAAAGCGAGCCUCCGACACAUCAUGUCCUCAACCCGGAAGCUCUAGAGACAUGGACGUACCCAAUGAAUUUGGGCAGAAAGCGUGAUUAUCAGUAUAAUAUCUCUCACCGUGGCCUGUUCCAUAAUCUUCUCGUUGCUCUACCCACCGGUCUUGGAAAGACCUUCAUUGCCGCAACUGUGAUGCUCAACUGGUUUCGAUGGACGAAAGACGCUCAAAUUGUGUUUGUUGCCCCAACUAAGCCGCUAGUUUCGCAGCAAGUCGAUGCAUGCUUUAAUAUUGUUGGCAUUCCUCGGUCCCAAACCACAAUGCUUACAGGCAAUGUGCCACCUGGCUUAAGAGCGACGGAAUGGCAAUCAAAACGCGUUUUUUUCAUGACUCCUCAGACUCUUAUCAAUGAUCUUAAGACUGGCAUUGCCGACCCAAAGCGAGUCGUGCUUUUGGUGGUAGAUGAAGCGCAUCGUGCCACAGGUGCCUACGUAUACGUUGAGGUUGUCAAGUUUAUACAACGGUUUAAUACCAGUUUCAGGGUCCUGGCACUAACCGCUACUCCGGGUUCAACUGUGGACACUGUCCAGGAAGUAAUCGACGGUUUGAAUAUUUCGAGAGUCGAAAUUCGUACUGAAAAUUCCCUGGAUAUCCGCGAAUAUGUACAUGCUAAAAACGUGGAGACCGUUUCUUUUUCCAACUCUGAUGAUAUGAAACUUUGCAUGGAACAAUUUUCAAAAGCUUUGAAACCUGUUGUUGAGAAACUUCAUAGUUUAAAUGCAUACUGGGGAGAAGAUCCAAUGUCUCUCACCCCUUUUGGGCUGACUGAAGCAAGGAAAAAGUGGAUGAUGUCUCCUGGCGGCAGAAAUGCCUCCUGGGGCCUAAAGGGAAUGGUAAAUUCCAUCUUCACAGUCCUGGCUAGCCUGGCUCAUGCCACUGAACUUCUCAAAUAUCAUGGUGUUGGGCCAUUUUAUCGUAACCUGGUAUCAUUUCGUGAUGGCCCCACGGAUGGAAGCCAAGGAAAAGGAGGGAAAUAUGGGAAACAGAUCAUGGAUGACAUGAAUUUUAAAUCCAUGAUGACUACACUAAGGUCAAAAAUGACUGAUGAAGAUUUCAUUGGCCACCCAAAAUUGGAAUACCUCAAACGUGUGAUUUUGAACCACUUUUUGGAUGCUGAUACCAACAGCCAUGGGGCCGACUCGCCAAAGACACGAGUGAUGGUGUUUAGCCAUUUCCGUGACAGUGCAGAGGAAAUUGUCCGAGUGCUUAAAAAACACGCGCCGAUAAUUCUUCCACAUGUUUUUGUAGGUCAGGCAAGUGCUAAAGGCUCCGAAGGCAUGGACCAGAAGAAACAACUUGAAAUCAUAAAGAAGUUUAAAGAGGGAACGUACAACACUAUCGUUGCUACUUCUAUUGGAGAGGAAGGUCUUGAUAUUGGAGAAGUUGAUCUUAUCAUAUGUUACGAUUCUUCGGCAUCACCCAUUCGUAUGUUGCAAAGAAUGGGGAGAACUGGAAGAAAGCGUAUGGGCAAGGUUGUCCUCCUGCUUAUGGAAGGUAAAGAGGAAGAAAAAUACUUCAGGGCAAAGGAUAAUUACGAGAAGAUGCAACAAAUCAUUGCUUCUGGAUCUCACUUUGCAUUUCAUGAGGACAGAUCUCCUCGCAUUAUACCCCGUGAUAUCCAGCCGCGUGUAGAUGAGAAACGCAUUGAAAUACCCAUAGAGAAUUCCCAGGCUGAACUACCAGUGCCUACAAAGCGUGGCCGCAUACCGAAGAAGCCACCAAAGAAGUUUCAUAUGCCCGACGGGGUUCAAACAGGAUUUACAAAUGCCCUAACUCUGACAGGUGUUGAUAAGAAACCUAAGAAGCGAAAGGCUUCACCUAAAUAUCGAGAACCAAGCCCAGAGCUUGCAGAGCUCCCGCCAUUGAAUGAUGUUACCCUUACACCGGAUCAGACCCUAGAACUGAGGCGGAACUUCCAGACUGUGGCCGGAACGUCACCGCAGAUCAUGCGUUUCCCCCGACUUGACGUUUAUCCAACUCUCCAAAGGUUUUGUCGGCCAACUGUAGAUGUGCCACAUGCGAAUCUGACCCACCGCCUAACAAAGGCAGUCCGUGAAAUGUCGGAAUUCGGUUCUGAUUGCGGUGAAAAAUAUGAACACUACCUUCCUCCUAACUUUAAUGACUGGAAACCUGACGAGAAAGUGCCCUCACCUAUUUCCGAUGCUGGUCCUGGUCAUGAUCAAAAUUGUUCUAUUGAUAAACCAAGUGCUGGUAUCAUUACUAUAAUUCCUGGCCAGCAGAACACCGCAGAGCAGGACGGUCAAUCUGAACGCGGGCUCUCAUUAAUGUGUACCCAAGCCUCUGGCUCAUUCGGUCUAAAGAACGAUAACAUAUAUCCAUCUGAGGAUAAUCCGGAUGAUGAUUUCCCCGACAUUGAUCAGUUAUUCGCAGAAUCGUUUGCUCGCAGCGAUCCCCUCGCUCAAAAGCCCGCUGCCGAGGCGAAAAGGCAUGCAAGGCCUGCUGGGGAGACGAAUGAAGAUGUUGCCAAUAUCCUUAGUGACUAUAGCGGGUUUUCUAGUGAUUUCUAG